CGUUUCUCUCCAUGGCCCAGGUCUCUCUGCUGCUGCUGCCUUCUACACUGUCUCCGCUUACAAAGUGACAUCACUGGAGUUUCCCUGCUGCAGAAAGAGCCUGCCACAGCAUAAAUACUACAAGCUCUCUGGCAGAAGUUCACUCUAAACACAAUAGCAACACAAAGAAAGAAGUAUCACCACAGAUCACUGGAAGCACCUAAGGACAUAGACACAGCAUCCAGCCAAUUGUUUUAGUUUGUAGAUUUUUUUCUAAACUGCAAGCAGUAAACCCUCAGAAUUGUGCACAGUAUGGUGGCCUACACAACAGCACCAAGUGACGUGGAGAUGGGUCAUGAGGAGAAGUCGGUGGUUUUGGUAGAAAAGAAGUCCUCCACUGGGUGGAUAUGGAUGAUGUCCGUGGCCUUUCUCGCUGUGGCCCUUUGUUUAGGAGGCGUCCUGCUGUUUGCUUUGUACUGGAGUGGAAGGCCGGAAAGCAUGACACAACCAGGCCAGACAGAAGCGCUAGUCAAAAUGGACACUACUGAGAAAGAUCCCCACUACACGUUGAGGCGAAUCAGCAGCAAAGCCAAGGCAGCCAUCCAUUUAGAAGGUAACGAAGACAGCAAGAGUUUGCAAGGCCAGCUGGAGUGGAGAAACGAUCAAGGCCAGGCGUUCGCUCAGGGCGGCUUCCAACUGGUGAAGAACCAGAUCGUUAUCCCACAAACCGGCCUUUACUUCGUCUACAGCCAGGCGUCGUUCAGAGUGGCCUGCAGCGAUGGUGACGAGGACGGAGCGGGAAAACACAUCACACCUCUCAGCCACAGGAUCUGGCGCCACUCCGACUCCAUUGGCAGCAAAGCCUCUCUGAUGAGCGCGGUGAGGUCGGUGUGCCAGAACACUGCUCAGGAGGACGGCUACAGUAACGGACAGGGCUGGUACAACGCCAUUUAUCUGGGUGCAGUGUUUCAGCUAAACAAAGGAGACCGACUGUGGACGGAAACCAACCAGCUAUCAGAGCUGGAGACCGACGAUGGCAGGACUUUCUUUGGUGUGUUUGCACUUUGAAAUGACUCUUUGCUGUGAUACUAACAGAGGCAAUACAAAGCUCUGCACAGUGCCAUCAUUUUUUACUUUUUUUUUUAAACAUAAUGUAUGUUUUUAUUAUUAUUAUUAUUAUUAUUAUUAUUAUUAUUAUUAUUCAUCUUCAUGGUGAUGCAGUAGUGUUUAAAUCUCAAUGGAGAUAAAGCUUGUAGCCAAACAGGUGGUGCAGAUUUUUUAAAAAUACUAUAAACUGUAACAGUUUGCAACAUUAUUUAUGUUUUAUUUAUGCUGACCUGAGAUUGUAGUAGGCUAGACUUUCUCUGCUGUAUCAGAUCUAGACAAAGCUCUUCACUGGAGAGUUUAGGUUCGAGGAUUAUGUAGAGAACUAUUAUCCCCUAUUACAACCUGUAUGUAUGUAUGUAUGUAUGUAUUUAUUUGUAUUUAUUUAUGUUUAUUUAUAUUUAAAUCGUUGGGGUAGAUGUUAAAAAUUAAAUUCAUACAGUGUAUGUGCACAUAAAU